GCCUGGCUACUCCCCGCCGCCAUUUCCGCAGCCUAGGGGCCUUUGCCUGCUUCUGUGGAGGUCUAGGCGCCAAGGUGGUGCCACAGGAGGGGUCUUGGGGUGGCAGACGCUACCGUGUGAGCCGCGCCUGCGCUCCAAGCCCGCGGGAGAGGGCCGGCCCCGCCCCUAGGCUCGGGUCCCAGGGCUUCCGGUGCUGGGAGGGGCGGGGGCACGAAGGAUGGGAUUGGCAGCUUGCCGAGCCCGGUGGUGUUGGGUUUCGGUGUGGAAGGGGUCGGCCGCUUCCCACCGGAGCCCCUGGACCCUGCGAACCCCUGAGUCCUCUGAGGACAGGAUCCUGCGAGAGGAAGCUGCGUCCUUAGCGCCCUGAGUGAGCAGAAGUGCCCACAUCCUAGGGGCGGUAAGGAGGGCGGGGAGCGCCGGAACCCCCAUCCCAGCAGCCGGUGGGUGGAGGAGGUGAUGAGCCUUUGACAACCCCCACUCCCUUGGCCCCAUGUUACUCAGGAGCCAAGGCUUGCUCUGGAGAUGCUAGUUGCAGACGAGCCUGGGAAUUCACUGACCAACCUGGAGGGAAACCUGGAGCCUGUAUCUGGAAGAGGGUCCAGACACCAGCCAUGGACAAGCAGACAUACAGUCAUGUCUCAGGAUUGUCUUUGUGGUUGGAGUAUCUGAUCAAGGUCCAAAGGUGGUCCACACACACAGAAGAACCAGGGUCUGCUGACCUUCCCAAGUUGUCUUGUAACAGCUGGAAGAACAGAGAGGCUACCCACCUGUAGGCUUCAUCCCCUCUAGUUCCCCUGAGGAAGAUGCUUCCUUCCUGGCAAGGAGGGCUCUGGGCACACUUUGGUCUCCCCAUGGAUGGUUUGCAUGCCUUAGAACCUCAGCCUUCCCUGACUGAUGUGGCCUGCAGUCUCAGGGAUGGUUUUCACCUGGAAGAAGCUGAGGUCCAAGAACAUGACCUGUGAUUGCCAAAGCCACAACUACUUCCUUUUAACUGUUCAACAUAUAUCACUGCUCAUGUAGCAACACCUGGCAUCCUCUUCUCUUGCCUCUUCUGUGACUGGCCCCUCCUGAGAAGUGGCCAGUGUGGCAUAAGGAAUGACUUUCUGAGCCCUGUUUCUGAGAAAAUGUUGCUUCUGCACACAACUGGGGAAUAGUUCACAAGCCUCUUGAUGCCCAAACAAAUUUCCAUUUUACAAAGAUUGAAGCCAAAUUUGACGGGAAAAGAUUUUAGUGCUGGGAGACUUAUGUGCUGCUUUCACCAGGGUAUCAUUAGAAAAAGAGUGGAGUGGUCUGACAGAGGCUGAGCAGCAGAGCCUUGGGAGGUUCCUGGACAGGCUUCUUAUCCAUUAAAAUUUUGGGUGGUUCUGUCUCCUUAGCCAGCAGUGAGACACAGGGCAGGAAGGUGGUCCCAGAGGCCUGGAGGCGUAUCUCUGAUGCCCAGGCCCUGGUCUAGUGUAUAACUUUGUGUAGUCAGUUAAUGACCCAUAAAAUUCACCAAGGGCUCAGCUGGAGAAGUCAAUCUUAAACCAGCAAUUAGCUUUUUCUGUCGUCUGGCCCUUCGCGGAGGUGCGGACGUGUAAGCGGCGCCAAUAUGCCCGUGUCCCGGAGCUGGGUUUGUCGGAAAACCUAUGUGACCCCGCGGAGACCCUUCGAGAAGUCCCGCCUCGACCAAGAGCUGAAGCUGAUCAGAGAGUACGGGCUCCGGAACAAACGCGAGGUCUGGAGGGUCAAGUUUACGCUGGCUAAGAUCCGCAAGGCUGCCCGGGAGCUGCUGACGCUGGACGAGAAGGACCCGUGGCGGCUGUUUGAAGGUCUUCUGUGAACUUUGAAUUCAAAUUUGGUUUAUGAGCCACAGAGGAACAUGCCCCAUGAACUCAGCCUUAGCGAGAACACUACGAAUUUUCUCACGAAACCAGAAAUAAUUGAACUUUUGUACGUGCUCUAUUUGGUCUGCCACACAAAGCAAAGUAAGCUGAAUGUCCUGAAGAUAAAAAUUUCACCUAUUCAACUGCUGAGGACCGAGGGUCCAUGGAUGACCCUGACAGAUGGUUCUAAGUGUCUGGAGCCCAGAGGAGAGAAUGUCUGGGGCUUCAUCCCCUUCACUCUACUUUGACAACCUCCCCUCCACAUCCUUGGGUCGACCUUUUAAUCUUUAUCAGCUGUUUUCAUUCAUUUAUUCUUUCAUAAAUUAUUCUGUCAUAUAGUUAGGAAAACAUACAACUGUAUAUGCAUAUAUAUUUAUAUUCAUAUACACACAUAUGUGUAUAGAAACAGAUACACACACAUAGAUAUACCUAUAUACUAUCUUAUAAAUGGUGGUUUUAAGUCAAUGCCAUAAAGGCAGAAUUUUUGCUUCCUUAGCAUCUGAAUUCAGUUGGGUAAGCCAAUAAUAAACAUGCAAACACAUACCAGAUGAAAAAUAUGUUAAAUGAGUGUAUAUUCCCAAAUAUGUAGAUUUAUACUCUCAUAUGUACAUGUCUGUCUAUUCAUUCCCCCCCAACCCUCCUCCCCCUGUCAGUCUGCCUAUCUUUCUCUUUAUUCUCUAUCUCUAUAUAUAAUCUAUAUGUCUAUUUACUUAUCAAUUUUCUAUAUCCACUAUAUGUUUGAUUAAUUACUUGAAGUAUAAUGGGUAAGGAGGAUGCAGGUCUGUUCUCAUCAGUGUCAUGAGUGAAGGUCCCAUGUGGAGAUGACAUUUAAGCUGCUCUUGAAAGAGGGGAGGGAGCCAGACUCACGUGAAGACCCAGGCACAUUGUGGCACAGGCGGCAGGUAUACCAGAUGCCCGGGGAAGGUCUAAGCCUGCUGUUCAGUAAGAAAGAGUCUGUGUGUAGAGGGGAAGGGUCUGAAGAGAAGGGGCACUUGUCCAUAGCAGCCAGGCCAGGGAUGACAGAACAGAGGAGAGAGCCCUUCCUCUUAGAAACAGUGAAAGCAGUGGCAUUUCAAAUGACUUUGAGAUUAAAAAAAGCUAUAGGAAAUUUUCACAACCUAUUUUGUGUGAUAUGAAAACCAUACAAAAAUAGCAAAAAAAAAAAAUAGAAAAAUGCUAAUUAUAAAGAUCCAUGAAAAACUCUAAAGAUAUCAGCUCAUAAAAUUUCCAAAAAUAUAAGUGAACAAUAAGUACAAUUCAGUUGCAUUAAUAUCCAAAUGUUUGGCAUCAAGAAGCCUUGUUGAUGUUUGUCACUGUGACAGUAAAUCAAAGAAAAAUUCAUUCAUCAGGAAAUGUAAACCUUUUAGUAAAAGAAACCAUUCCCAAUAGAACUCUAAUGUAACAGGAAGCCAUAUUGAAAUGCAUAGAUCAAUAUUACUAUAGCUAUAAAAUAUAAAUUUUCAAUCUUUUCCCUUAAAAUAAUGUGGACCAAUAGAGAAGCUGAUUUAUUAAAGCAAAGUUCAGGACAUUUUGCUCCAUCAGUAUUAUCAUAUAAUAUUUGAAAUGAGAGAAAAAGGUACACAAUUUGGAAACAAGCCAAAUUUCUGUUUUCUUUUGGUUGGUGUAAUUUUAACAGUAAAUUACAAAAACUCAAUGGAAAAACUGUUGAAUCAAAGACCUUAUGAAGUAGGAUGAUAAAGAAUAGAGAAUAAAAUUAAUAUACUCACAGGCACAGCUUUGUCAUGAACAUUCAGUUAUUAUUUACAAAAUAAUAAGGGAGCAAAGAAUGAUCUUAUUUAUACAAUAUUAAAUUUGUUGAAACAAUUCUAAAACUUAAGUGUAACAUGCAUGAUAUUAAGGAAUAAAACUGCAAAAUGUUUCUCCAUUUUAAUAAUAAAUACCAUUUGAAAAACAGCUUUGAUAAGACAAGGUAAUAUUUAGAAGCUAAUUCUCCAUAACAAAUGUAUGACUUGAACCUUUUCCCAAUAAAGAUAUAAAUAUACUUAUUUUAAAAUCUUAAAAAAAAACACAAAAAAAAACAAAAAAAAACAAGCAAUUAGGUCUGAGGGCUGGGACAUCUGCAGCUGAGGCAACAGGCAAGGAGAGAGUAUCAAUGGUGCAUUUUGAGCUGGGCUUCCUCAUUUUAAAAUUAGACUCAGGGGAGGGGGCUGAGGAAUUUUGAGCCUUUCACUGCCUCAGAAGACACCUGAAAUUUUGGUAUUUGUGAAGUUUUCCUGCAAAGAGCAGGCUGCCCCCACUCAGUCCUCUCAGGGUCCUCAGUUUCACCAGAGCACACUUCAAAGUCUUCUUAUUCUUGUCACAUAACAAAAACCUGUAAAUACCCCAGACACAGCCAGGAUACCAGUGUUUCCUCACCUAGAAGGCCACACCCACAACUUGGACACAUUUAAGUCUCUGAAAGGCCUGGCUGGACCUUCUCUGCCUUUGAUCUUCUAUUUUUUAAUGCAAUUUUAUUGAUAUAUAUUCUUACACCAUAUAAUGCAUACAAAGUACACAAUCAAAGGCUCACAGUAUCAACAUAUAAUUGUGCAUUCAUCACCACAAUCAAUUUUAGAACAUUUUCAUUACUCCAAAAAAUUAAUCAUACUAAUAAUAAAAAUAAAAAAGAACACCAAAAACAUCCCAUGCUGUCACUAAUAAUGUGGCCGAUCCUUUCAGCACCCAAAGUACUUAUGCUGGUCUCCUGAAAAGACAGGGAAGAUAAGAAGAUCAACCAACCACAAGACAAAUAUAUAUAUAAAGUACCAUCUGAUAGCAAGCUCACACCUUCCCAUAACUGUGCCAGCCGGGGCAACUUCACAAGUCAAACUUAAAAUCCAAAAGCAGCUGUAAAUCUUUCUAUGGGAAUCUAUCUUUAAAGCAGUACAAGUUAGCUUAAUCUUAUUUUUUAUAGUGAUCAAAAAAAAUUAUAAAUAUUGCCUACAAUAUAUUUUAAUGUCAUAUAAUGAGUGAUAGCUCCUAGAAUUAGUAAAGUAUAUAGUAGAAACACUUUUUUUAAAAAAAACCCAACAGCAGCCAAUUGUUAACAGACCAGCACUGUCCCUGCUGUCACUAUAGCUCCUCAACAGCCUUCAUGAAGGAACAUUCAUGGAGUUCUCACUAGCAAAGACUUAAAUAGCAGGUGAUUAAAUGCAUAACUUGAAAGGACUUUUGGGACUUACAAAAAUGGUCACUUUAUAUUUUGUUCUUUAAAUGCUAUCUUUUUUUAAUGAAAUAAAAAUAAAAGUUUGUAUAGAUUGAUUCUUAA